GCGGGAAGAGGUUCGUUCCCGCUCGCCGUCAGUUCCUUCACCUUCCCACGGUCACAAUGAGGCGGAAAGAGAAGCGGCUGCUCCAGUUCGCUGGACUCCUGGUGGCGGUUCUGCUCUUCCUCCCGAACGUGGGACUGUGGUCUUUGUACCGGGACCGGGUCUUUGACAACUCGCAGGAUGUAGCGGAUGGUUCCGGAGGGAUGUCGCCGCUGCAGGGCUGGAACCAGAUGAGGAAGGUCGCCCAGGUCGGGCUGGACGGCGUGCGGAGGAACGACUGGCACAACUACGAGGCCAUGCGAAGAGACGCGGCUCGAGUGGGUAACGGAGAGCAGGGGAAGCCGUUCCCCCUGACCGAGGCCGACCAGGUGGACCAGGCCUACAGAGAGAACGGCUUCAACAUUUACAUCAGUGACCGGAUCUCCCUCAACCGCUCGCUGCCGGACAUCAGACACGCAAACUGUCGGGAGAAGCUCUAUGCGGAGAAGCUCCCCAACACCAGCAUCAUCAUCCCCUUCCACAACGAGGGCUGGUCCUCUCUGCUCAGGACCGUCCACAGCGUCCUCAACCGCUCGCCGCCACAGCUCAUCGCCGAGAUCAUUCUGGUGGACGACUUCAGCGACAAAGAGCACCUGAAGGGGGCGCUGGAAGAGUACAUGCAGCGGCUGCCCAAAGUCCGCAUCUUGAGGACCAAGAAGAGGGAGGGUCUGAUCCGGACCCGACUGCUGGGGGCCAAAGCAGCUAGAGGGGAAGUCAUCACCUUCCUGGACUCACACUGUGAAGCCAACGUCAACUGGCUGCCCCCCCUGCUGGACCGAAUCGUCCAGAACAGGAAGACCAUCGUGUGCCCAAUGAUCGACGUCAUCGACCACGACAACUUCGGCUACGACACGCAGGCGGGCGACGCCAUGAGAGGAGCCUUCGACUGGGAGAUGUACUACAAGAGGAUCCCCAUCCCGCCGGAGAUGCAGAGGGACGACCCAAGUCAACCGUUCGAGUCUCCAGUGAUGGCGGGCGGGCUCUUCGCCGUGGACAGGAAGUGGUUCUGGGAGCUGGGAGGAUACGACACCGGCCUGGAGAUCUGGGGAGGGGAGCAGUACGAGAUCUCCUUCAAAGUGUGGAUGUGUGGUGGUCGGAUGGAGGACAUCCCCUGCUCCAGGGUAGGACACAUCUACAGGAAGUAUGUCCCCUACAAGAUCCCCGGCGGGAUCAGCCUGGCGAAGAACCUGAAGCGGGUCGCCGAGGUCUGGAUGGAUGAGUACGCCGAAUAUGUGUACCAGCGCCGGCCAGAGUACCGCCACCUGUCGGCCGGAGACAUGACGACGCAGAAGGAGCUGAGGAAUCGACUCAACUGUAAGAACUUCAAGUGGUUCAUGAGCGAGGUGGCCUGGGACCUGCCCAAACACUACCCGCCGGUGGAGCCCCCUGCUGCCGCUUGGGGAGAGAUCCGAAACGUGGGCAGCGGCAUGUGUAUGGAGAUCAAACACUUUGUGUCCGGGAGUCCGAUCCGCAUGGAGAACUGUGUGAGGGGACGAGGGGAGGUGAACUGGAGUCACGGCCAGGUGUUGACCUUGGGCUGGAGGGAGGACAUCCGAGUGGGCGACCCCAUGCACACGCGGAAGGUCUGCUUCGACGCCGUGUCCCACAGCAGCCCGGUGACUCUGUACGACUGUCACGGCAUGAAGGGGAACCAGCUGUGGCGAUACAGGAAGGACCGGAGUCUGUACCACCCGGUCAGCAACAGCUGCAUCGACAGCAGCCCCAGCGAGCGGCGCGUCUUCAUGAACACGUGCGACGCAUCCUCGCUGAGUCAGCAGUGGCUCUUCGAGAGAACCAACGCCACCAUCCUGGAGCUCUUCAAUCGAGGGAGCGACUGACUGCACUUCCCUGGUAUUUAAGCGGACAAUGAAAACGCAGUGUUUCAGGGAGUGACCAUGUGGGGGCAGCGGUCAGCUCGCCACCCAAAUAUCCAGUCAGAGCGUGAACCCCGACAUCCAGAGUCCGAGUGUACGGCGGGACCUCGUGACGGAGAACAGGACUGCGAGCUUCACUGCCGUGUUUGGGACCCGCAGGAUCAAACUGAUUUUUAUUUCCGUCACCGUUGCACGGCUGAACUCUGAACUGCCUUAAAACCGGAGCGAAAGAAUGUUGGCUUCCUGUUUUUUCACACGAAACUUUAGAGAAGCACAUUUUCAUGAGAAGGAUUCUAAAAUAUUCAUUUGACUCCUGCACUUCAAGAACUCGAGAUGUUUUCUACUAGAAACAUAUUUUAUAUUUAAUAAAGUCGAUAUAUUCUUCCUCCGCUUCCUCAUUUCAUUCGGGAAAUCCCGAUGGGGAGUAUGACUUUGUUUUUCCGAAGCUAUCACAGAAGCGGAAUUAUUUUGAUUUGAGAUCCGCUCGAAUUUUGAGUCAAACAAUAGAAUAAUGUCACUAUUCAUUUUUAAGUUUGAUACAAUAUAAUUUAUUCAUGAUAUCAUUUCUUUCUGUUACAAAAACAGUC